UGAGUUACUCAGCAUUCCGGAAACUGAAGUUAUCGAAUGGUCAUCUGAACUGUUUGAGGUAUUUUUUACACCGAUACUGGAGGCUGACUCCUCCAAUGAUGUUAGUCAUCUCUUUGAUGUUCAUCCUUCCUCUGCUAUCUUCUGGACCAUUCUGGCAUCGAGUAGUCGAGCGUGAAAUACAACACUGCAGAACCACCUGGUGGGCGAAUAUGUUUUACUUUAACAAUUUCAUACGUAAAAAUUCGUCGUGCAUACCCCCACUGUGGUACGUCGCAGCGGACAUGCAACUGUAUCUUUUAUCUCCCAUUCUUCUAGUUGCUUUUAGCAGAUGGCCUCGCGUUGGUUGGAGUCUUAGCAUCAUUGGCGUUGUGACAUCUUGGUUUGUGAUAGCAGUUAUUACGAUAUGGAAAGAUUUCCCACCUUCCAAUAAUUUCCUGAGUAGCGACAUAGACAAAAUCAUUGACAUGGAAUUCCACAUACACUGGAAGCCUUACGUGCAUAUGGGACCGUACAUCGUAGGCUUAACAACAGGAUAUGUUCUGCUCAACCACCAAAACAUUAAGCUGAGCCCUGUCGCUGUGGUUGUUGGAUGGAUCGUUACAACAUUAUCAACUCUAGCAGUAGUGUUUGGAGCGUAUAGCUGGAUGAACGGAAUAAGGCCUAAUGUCGUUGUUGGAAUACUUUAUGCUGCUGUUCAUAGAACUGUGUUUGCUUUAGGCUUAGCAUGGAUAACGUUCGCUUGUUUCAAGGGUUACGGAGGUCCUGUUAAUGCCCUAUUGUCAUGGCAACCAUUCAUAGUUCUCGGCCGCUUGACCUACAUGGCGUACCUUGUGCAUUCAUUGGUAAUUUUCGUGGUUGUAGGAACAACAAAAGAAAGGAAGUUUUUUAGUCAUUUCGAACUUGUCUGCAGUUUCCUAGUUUAUCUGGUACUAUCAACAGCGAUAUCCUUACUUCUUCAUCUGGUCUUUGAACGUCCUUUCAUCAAGCUAGAACAAGGUCUUUUUCCAGAGCCCAGAUCACUCGCGCCUGCGCACAAUAGCUCACCAGUGAACCAGGAAGAAGUUGAAAUUGGUCGAGUUGUAUCACUAGUUGAAACAGCGCGGUGUCCACAAACCAACGAAAAUAGUAUCAUUACUUCGAAACUGUAACUAACAGAAGGGGUGUUUUAUUAUUUUUUUUAA